AUGGCGCCGGUCCUGUAUCCCCCCGGGAAGAGAACGAACGAGCGUUUAAACGAAGCUGCAGUUGAAUUCAGUAUGGCAUCAGAAAAGACCACAAAAAAAGAUCUGCUAAAUGCUGAGGAACAGCAGCAAGCGAGUGCUGUCAAUCGGGUAACCAGCUUGCCCUUGCUCAACUCUGCAUUCAACCUGGUCUCAUCUGCCUACAACUACACCAAGGAGACACAUCCUUACCUCAGUGGUGUCUGCAGUGUGGCUGAGACUGUGGCUGCUGUCGCAGUAGGUAGCGUGGUUGGUGGGGCACAGCCCAUCCUGAACCAACUUGAGCCACAAAUUGCACUUGUAAAUGAAUAUGCAUGUAAAGGACUGGAUCAACUGGAGGAGAACUUGCCUUUCCUUCAACAGCCAGCAGAUAAGGUAAUCUCAGACACCAGGCAGCUGGUUUCCACCAAAGUGACAUCUGCUAUGGAUGCUGCCUGUGAGGCAAAAGAAGCAAUGGCUGAUAAAGUGACUGAAGCUGUGGGCCUCACUAAAAAUGUUGUUGGGGACAGUGUCAAGCUGACUAGGUCAAUGGUCGCCUCCACUGUUAACAGUGCUGUGGAGGCUGCCCAGGGUGCCAAGGACCUUGUGACUAACAAGGUGACAGAGGCAGUAGACCUCACUAAACACAUGGUGGAAGACAGUAUUGGACUGACCAAGUCUGCAGUUGCUUCUACUAUUGUCAAUGCUGCGGAGGCUGCCCAGGGUGCCAAGGACCUUGUGACUAACAAGGUGACAGAGGCAGUGGAUCUCAGUAAACACAUUGUGGAGGACAGCGUUGGACUGACCAAGUCUGCAGUUGCUUCUACUAUUGUCAAUGCUGUGGAGGCUGCCCAGGGUGCCAAGGACCUUGUGACUAACAAGGUGACUGAAGCUGUGGACCUCAGUAAACACAUUGUGGAGGACAGUGUUGGACUGACCAAGUCUGCAGUUGCUUCUACGAUUACUGCUGCUGUAGGGGCUGCCCAGGGUGCAAAGGAUCUUGUGACCAACACAGUGACUGAAGCAAUGGACCUAACCAAAGGGGCUGUUCAGGAUGGUGUUGAGAAGACCAAAUCAGUGGUCACUUCUACAGUCAAUACAGCUCUGGAUGCUGCAGUGAGCCAAGCAGUGGCAGGUGGUGUGGAAUCUGUCCUGGGUAUAUCAGAAGAUCUGGUGGAUCAGUACCUCCCGAUGACAGAGGAGGAACUAGGUAAACUGGCCACCACUGUGGAGGGAUUUGGUAUGGCUUCUGUGGAGGAGCAGAAACAGCAACAGAGUUACUUUGUGCGUCUGGGUUCCCUCUCUAACAAAGUCCGCCACCGAGCCUACCACCACUCCUUGAACAAAGUGCAGCGCAUUAAGCAAAGCACCCAGGAUACUCUCUCACGACUACAGCUGGCAAUAAAACUGAUUGAAUCUGUGAAAAAGGAGGUUGGCCAGAAGCUUCUGGAUGGGCAGGAGAAGCUCCAUCAGCUGUGGGUGGACUGGAGCCUGACCCAACCCAAGGGAAACCAAGUUAAAACUGCCUCCCAAGCAGAGCAGGUAGAGUCACGGACUCUAGCUAUGCUGCGUAUCAUCACCCAGCAGCUACAACCUGUUUAUGAGAAUCUGAAAGCCAGCAUCCAAGGCCUCCCCAGCAACAUCCAAGAAGCUGUGUAUCAGGCCACUCGAAAUAUCCACAAGCUCCAUAGUUCUUUUUCCAGUGCUAUGUCUUUCCAGGACCUCUCCCCCACCACCCUGACCCAGAGCCAGGACUGUGUGGCAGAAGCCCGAAUGUCCCUAGAUGACUUGUUUGAGUAUGUAACUCAGAACACCCCUCUAAACUGGCUUGUGGGUCCUUUCAGGGCAAUAGCUAAAGUGUCACAGGAUAGCAGAAAGCAGAAGAAGAAAGCUUUGGUGACUGAUAUAAAAUCACCUAUGCUAGAAAAAGCUCCAUUGUCAAAGGAGGUGGCUAAGACACCUGAAGAGCCAAAGGGAGCAAACAGGAUCCUGGGGGAAGGGUGUGAAGUGCUAGAGAAGCUGGAAGAGAAAGCAGAGAAAGACACAGAGGUGGCACUGGCUGCAAAGGAGAUAAAAACUAAUGUACCAGAGGAAGAUCUCUGAAGAAUUCCAGCUCUUCUGGCCAAGGCUCCCUGGCUAGAACAGCAUUUUAUCUUUUAAUUGUGUGUCCAACUACCAGUCAUGCUAAGACUGCCUCCUGCUCUCUCCCUGUCCCAGGCUGGGUUUACAGUAAGAUGUAGUUUGCAUGGAGACUUGAUAACCAAGGUGGGGUGAUUCCAUAUAUUGAUUUACUAUUUUUUUUAAAUCAUGCUGCUGCACUGAAAGGCAAGAUAGGGACCUGUACUUCCGCUUUCUAAGUCAGCCCAGCUGUAUGUGUGAAUGGCUAAUUCUUGCUGAGACAAGUUGUGGGAGAGAACUGGUCUCAACUUUUUUUUAAUGUUGGAUUUGUUUUUAAUUCAUCCAAGCUGCAGAGAUCGAGAGGAUGAUGCGCUUGACCUUUGAUACCAUUUCCCUCCUUCUACAAGUUUAAAAAUAUGUGUUACAGACAUGACUUCCUUUCUGCAUGUUGUGUUUCCGGAGAGGCUCAGCCCUGCAGCAGACCAUGAACAGCUGGGGCCAGGAGGCUGCUUCUCCAGAAGACACUUCUCUUUAUGGAUCAGCCAAACACUUUUUCUUUCAUAGAGAAACACUUAGCAAGGUGGGAUUUUCUUUUAAGCAUGCCAAUUUGCAGUGGGAUUAUCUUUCCUAGUCAUAUAAAUGACUUCAGCGAUCUUCUGUUUGUGUCUAAGUAACUCCAUGCAUGAAGCCUUUUGCAGCCAUUAAGAAGGUGGCAAAUGAUGCAGCUUUUUCCAGGAGUUACUCUGCCAUGCUAAUGGGAUAUCCUGUUAUUAAAAUAGGGGAGAUAGGUGCUGGUUAUUUUCCCAGCAAACAAUCCUUUGUAAUCAUUUCUAAGGUAACUUAUUUCGGUAACUUAUGUCCUGGUGUGGUCCCUGUGCUAAGGCUGGA